AUGGAGAAAAACAAACAAACCAAAACCACUAACAAGCGGAAGCUUAGCCGAAACCCAACCGGGAGCCCUGUUCAGCCACAAAGCAUCACCAGUCUUCUUAUGCUUAAAAUCUGGCGCUUUAGGGUUUUUCUUAUUGGCCCUACAAUCCCACCAGUUGUCUGGAUUUUCAACCACAUCCUUCCAAGAAUCAUCACUCGAGCUCUCAUUCGCAUGCUUCGGCUUUAUCACGUCAAACUCCAAUCUUUCAAGCCCGUGCAGGGCCCACUUGGGGGCAGAGCUAAUCCAGAGAGCUUCUCUGGGAGCACCCCCGUGGGGUCCACGCUUAGGUGGCCGGACACGAAAACAAGAUCAUUUUCGCGGACGUGGCACGACACAGAGUGGGCGAGGACGCCCUCGAACACGACGGGAAUCGUCAGGGGGGUCCUCGCGCCUCCGUUCAGGAGAGAAAUCACGGUGGCGGCGAGAUGCUUGCCGUCGGCGUCGGACUCGAACCGGAUGGGGAGCCCGACCCGGCCGAUCAGAUUCACAAAGUUGGUGACUUUCGCCUGGUACGGCAUCUCGCCCGGCUUGGGCCACACGCCGGUCAGCGCCUCCGUCUGCUUCCGGAUCCUCUGCGAGAAGGUCGUCGACGGCGGCGCGGAGGGUUUCUGGGCCUUGGGCUUGGCCGGGUUCUGGCUGACGUUGCGCGUCGGCUCGCAUUGUUGGAGGGCGGCGGUUUGGGGGCGCAGAUUGAGGAGGCGCGUUACCGGAGUGUUGGAAGAAGAUAUCAGAUGCGACGACAUUUUUGCUCUGGCUAGAAGAUUCAUGGCGGAGGAUUUUGGGAGUGGAGUGGAUCUGAGUUUUUCUCUAAUUAGGUUCAAACAAGAUGGGAGCAAUCGAAUUAAAAUCAAGUGA